AGGGGCUUGUGGGUAGCGGCUGCGCGCGGCCGGAGACGGGAGCCGUGCGGGAGUGUGUGAGGGGAGCGGGCUUGUGGGACCGCGGCUGCCCCGGCGAGCAUGGGGGCGGGCUGGCGGUGGCCGUAGCUGUCGGAGCCCGGGCUUCAGCCUCUCGGAGCGCCAGAGGGCGGGGCGGCCCACCCCGGCGGCGGCCGCGCCGCUUCCCCGCUCCCGCCCUCGAAGUCCUGAGGGAGCUCGCGGCGGACGAGCGGACCGGGCGGCGCGAAUCUGACUGAGGGGCGGGGACGCCGUCUGCUCUUCGCGGCGCCCGGCCGGGCCGGGCGGCCCCCCGGGACCACCGCAGGCCCCGACCGGCGCCGAGAGCCGAAGCCGGAGCCCGAGGCGGGCGGUGGGCCGUGGCGGAGCCCCGCCCGGAGCCGGCGGUUCGCGGGCGGCGCUAGGCCCCGAGGCGCCCGGGGCCGGAGCGCGGGGAGCGGGAGUGCGGGGCCGGGCGGCGGCGGCAUGAGCCGGCCCCCGGCGACGGGGAAAAUGCCCGGCGCCCCCGAGGCCGUGCCGGGGGACGGGGCGGGCGCGAGCCGCCAGAGGAAGCUGGAGGCGCUGAUCCGAGACCCUCGCUCGCCCAUCAACGUGGAGAGCUUGCUGGAUGGCUUAAAUUCCUUGGUCCUUGAUUUGGAUUUUCCUGCCUUGAGGAAAAACAAGAAUAUAGAUAAUUUUUUAAAUAGAUAUGAGAAAAUUGUGAAGAAAAUCAGAGGGCUACAGAUGAAGGCAGAAGACUAUGAUGUUGUGAAAGUUAUUGGAAGGGGUGCUUUUGGUGAAGUGCAGCUGGUUCGUCAUAAGGCAUCACAGAAAGUUUAUGCUAUGAAGCUUCUUAGCAAGUUCGAAAUGAUAAAAAGAUCUGAUUCUGCUUUUUUCUGGGAAGAGAGAGAUAUUAUGGCCUUUGCCAACAGUCCGUGGGUGGUUCAGCUCUUUUGUGCUUUUCAAGAUGAUAAGUAUCUGUACAUGGUAAUGGAGUACAUGCCUGGUGGAGAUCUUGUAAACCUUAUGAGUAACUAUGAUGUACCUGAAAAAUGGGCCAAAUUUUAUACUGCUGAAGUUGUUCUUGCUCUGGAUGCCAUACACUCCAUGGGCUUAAUUCACAGAGAUGUAAAGCCUGACAACAUGCUCUUGGAUAAACAUGGACAUCUUAAGUUGGCAGAUUUUGGCACAUGUAUGAAGAUGGAUGAAACAGGCAUGGUGCAUUGUGAUACAGCAGUUGGAACACCUGAUUAUAUUUCACCUGAGGUUCUCAAAUCACAAGGGGGUGAUGGUUACUAUGGGCGAGAAUGUGAUUGGUGGUCUGUGGGUGUUUUCCUUUUUGAGAUGCUGGUGGGGGAUACUCCGUUUUAUGCAGAUUCACUUGUAGGAACAUACAGCAAAAUUAUGGAUCAUAAAAACUCACUAUGUUUCCCUGAAGAUGCAGAAAUUUCUAAACAUGCAAAGAAUCUCAUUUGUGCCUUCUUAACAGAUAGGGAAGUACGACUUGGGAGAAAUGGAGUAGAAGAAAUCAAACAGCAUCCUUUCUUUAAGAAUGACCAAUGGAAUUGGGAUAACAUAAGAGAGACCGCAGCUCCUGUAGUACCUGAACUCAGCAGUGACAUAGACAGCAGCAAUUUUGAUGACAUUGAAGAUGAUAAAGGAGAUGUAGAAACCUUCCCAAUUCCUAAAGCUUUUGUGGGAAACCAGCUGCCUUUUAUAGGAUUUACCUACUAUAGAGAAAAUUUGUUAUUAAGUGACUCUUCACCUUGUAGAGAAAAUGAUUCAGUACAAUCAAGGAAAAAUGAAGAAAGCCAAGAGAUUCAGAAAAAAUUAUACACGUUAGAAGAACAUCUUAGCACUGAGAUGCAAGCCAAAGAGGAGCUAGAGCAAAAGUGCAAAUCUGUUAAUACUCGCCUUGAGAAAGUAGCAAAGGAACUAGAGGAAGAGAUUACUUUAAGGAAAAGUGUGGAAUCAGCAUUAAGACAAUUAGAAAGAGAAAAGGCACUUCUUCAGCACAAAAAUGCAGAAUAUCAGCGGAAAGCUGAUCACGAAGCAGACAAGAAACGAAAUUUGGAAAACGAUGUUAACAGUUUAAAGGAUCAACUUGAAGAUUUGAAAAAAAGAAAUCAGAACUCUCAAAUAUCUACUGAGAAAGUGAAUCAGCUCCAGAGACAACUGGAUGAAACCAAUGCUUUGCUGAGAACAGAAUCUGAUACUGCAGCCCGGUUAAGAAAAACCCAGGCAGAAAGUUCAAAACAGAUUCAGCAGUUGGAAUCUAACAAUAGAGAUCUUCAAGAUAAAAAUUGCCUGCUGGAGACUGCCAAGUUAAAACUUGAAAAGGAAUUUAUGAAUCUUCAGUCAGUUCUAGAAUCUGAAAGGAGGGACCGAACUCAUGGAUCCGAGAUAAUUAAUGAUCUACAAGGCAGAAUAUCUGGCCUAGAAGAAGAUUUAAAGAACGGCAAAACCUUAUUAGCAAAAGCAGAGAUGGAGAAGAGACAACUACAGGAGAAACUUACUGAUUUGGAAAAGGAAAAGAACAACAUGGAAAUAGAUAUGACGUACCAACUAAAAGUUAUACAGCAGAGCUUGGAACAAGAAGAAGCUGAGCAUAAGGCUACAAAAGCACGGCUGGCUGAUAAAAAUAAGAUUUAUGAAUCCAUUGAAGAAGCAAAAUCAGAAGCCAUGAAAGAAAUGGAGAAAAAGCUCUCAGAGGAAAGGACGUUAAAGCAGAAAGUGGAGAACCUAUUGCUGGAAGCUGAAAAGAGAUGCUCCAUAUUUGACUGUGACCUCAAACAGUCACAGCAGAAAAUAAAUGAACUCCUUAAACAGAAAGAUGUGCUAAAUGAGGAUGUUAGAAAUUUGACAUUAAAAAUAGAGCAGGAAACUCAGAAGCGCUGCCUUACACAAAAUGACUUGAAGAUGCAAACACAGCAAGUUAACACACUAAAAAUGUCAGAAAAGCAGUUAAAACAAGAAAAUAAUCAUCUCAUGGAAAUGAAAAUGAGCUUGGAAAAGCAGAAUGCUGAACUUCGAAAAGAACGUCAAGAUGCAGACGGGCAAAUGAAAGAACUUCAGGAUCAGCUUGAAGCAGAGCAGUAUUUCUCAACCCUCUAUAAAACACAGGUGAGGGAACUUAAAGAAGAAUGUGAAGAAAAGACCAAACUUUGUAAAGAAUUACAACAGAAGAAACAGGACUUACAGGAGGAAAGGGACUCCUUAGCUGCUCAACUGGAGAUCACCUUGACCAAAGCAGAUUCUGAGCAGCUGGCUCGUUCAAUUGCUGAAGAACAAUAUUCUGAUUUGGAAAAAGAGAAAAUCAUGAAGGAGCUUGAGAUCAAAGAGAUGAUGGCUAGACACAAACAGGAACUCACUGAAAAAGAUGCUACAAUUGCAUCUCUUGAAGAAACAAACAGGACACUAACUAGUGAUGUUGCCAAUCUUGCAAAUGAGAAAGAAGAAUUAAAUAACAAAUUAAAAGAUGCCCAAGAACAGCUGUCACGGCUGAAAGAUGAGGAGAUCAGCGCAGCCGCUAUUAAAGCACAGUUUGAGAAGCAGCUGCUCACAGAGCGAACGCUCAAAACUCAAGCUGUGAAUAAGUUGGCUGAGAUCAUGAAUCGAAAAGAACCUGUCAAGCGUGGUAGCGACACAGACGUGCGGAGAAAAGAGAAAGAGAACAGAAAGCUACAUAUGGAGCUUAAAUCUGAACGGGAAAAGCUGACUCAGCAGAUGAUCAAGUAUCAGAAAGAACUGAACGAAAUGCAGGCUCAAAUAGCCGAAGAGAGCCAGAUCCGAAUUGAACUGCAGAUGACACUGGACAGUAAAGAUAGUGACAUUGAGCAGCUGCGGUCACAGCUCCAAGCAUUGCAUAUUGGUCUGGAUAGUUCCAGUAUAGGCAGUGGACCAGGGGAUGCUGAGGCAGAUGAUGGAUUUCCAGAAUCAAGACUAGAAGGAUGGCUUUCAUUACCUGUACGAAACAACACUAAGAAAUUUGGAUGGGUUAAAAAGUAUGUGAUUGUAAGCAGUAAGAAGAUUCUUUUCUAUGACAGUGAACAAGAUAAAGAACAAUCUAAUCCUUACAUGGUUUUAGAUAUAGACAAAUUAUUUCAUGUCCGACCAGUUACACAGACAGAUGUAUAUAGAGCAGAUGCUAAAGAAAUUCCCAGGAUAUUUCAGAUUCUGUAUGCCAAUGAAGGAGAAAGUAAGAAGGAACAAGAAUUUCCAGUGGAGCCAGUGGGAGAAAAAUCAAACUAUAUUUGCCAUAAAGGACAUGAAUUUAUUCCUACUCUCUAUCAUUUCCCAACCAACUGUGAGGCUUGUAUGAAGCCAUUGUGGCAUAUGUUUAAACCUCCUCCUGCUUUAGAGUGCCGGCGCUGCCAUAUUAAAUGUCAUAAAGAUCACAUGGACAAAAAGGAAGAGAUCAUAGUGCCUUGCAAAGUUUAUUAUGAUAUCUCAACGGCAAAGAACCUGUUGUUGUUAGCAAAUUCUACAGAAGAGCAGCAGAAAUGGGUUAGUCGGUUGGUGAAAAAGAUCCCUAAAAAGCCUCCAGCUCCAGACCCUUUUGCACGGUCAUCUCCUCGAACUUCGAUGAAGAUACAACAAAACCAGUCUAUUAGACGGCCAAGUCGACAGCUUGCCCCUAACAAACCAAGAUUGCUUGAUUUGGCAUUUAAAGACUGGGAUUGGUCAUUUGAUGAUGUUGAUGGUGGUGAUGAUGAUGACGAUGUUUUUGAUUUCUGAAGAAAUAAAUGGGCUAGCUGCCUUCUAUGAAUGCAGUCAUUAUUCAAGGAGAUCAUAUUCUUCCAGUUAAAACAAGACUGAAAUAUGAUGGCCCAAAAUUUCUUAAAAAGCUAUAUUUUCCUGAGAGACUGAUAUUCACAUAUACACAUACAUACAUACAUAUAUAUACAUAUAUAUAUAUUUCCCUUUAUUCCUACAAUAUAAAUUAUAAAUCUUGGAGAUUUUCUGGGCUCCUUUGGAGCAGCAAGUUGAACCAACAAUGAUUGGUUAAUAGAAUAAGAAUAUUAUAUACAACUCUUCCAAACUUGUUCCAUAACGCUCUCUUGGCAGUCACUCACACUACAUUGCACAAAAGGAUUGAGAAGAGUUAAAGAUGAAAGAAAUCAUCUUUUCAGCAUCAGCAGAGAGAUUUCACCAGCACAUUUACCAGAAGAGUCUGGGAAUGGAUUCCACUACAGUGAUUGAGACUGCAUCUUUUAAGAAGUGACCAUUAGACUGUGUGUGUGCAUAUAUAUGUGUGUGUCUCUGUACAUGUAUAUGUACACACACACACACACAGAUAUAUAUAGUACUGUAAUACUGCAAGAGGGUUCUUCAAAUGCCCCAUUUUAUUUUUUAUACACAUAAAUCAGAUAUCAUAACUUCCUGCAGUUGCAACUAUGCACUUGUAUAAAGCCAUAAUGUUGGAGUUUGUAUCACUUAUUUGUGUAUACCCCGUGGAAGCUGCAUGUUCAUGUUUAAGCAGUUACUGUAACAGGCAGUUUGAUGUUAAUUGUAUCAAUUUCCUAAUGCUUCAUGAUAGGCAACUUUUCCCAUUUUGAAUGCCUUAAUUUAAUUUUUUUUAAAGUCUCACCCUUUUCUGUAUUUUGAAAAAAAGUGUUUACCGGCUCUUAGGAUGCAAAUUCGUGUUGCAAAAGAAAAAAUAGUGCACUAUUUUUACAUGUAAUAGUUAUCAAUGUCAGCCUAUUUUGAUUGUAUAACAGAUUUUUUUUUUUGAGUAUUGGUGAUAGAAACAAUAAUGGAUACUAUUGGAACUAAUAUAUCUUUUAUGUAUAUCUAUUAAUUCAUCCCAGUCUUCAUACAGACCUCAGUAUUAGUGUGUGGCUAUGAAUUGUUUUCUUUGCUUUGAAUUUGCUGGCUACCCUAGAUGUGUUUUUAUUUCUAGUAGAGACAUUUGUGACUGUUUUUACAUUUUCACACUCAAGAUUCUAAGAUUAUCUCAAAUAUAAAGAAAACUAAGACAUACUGUAGAUAUAUUUUAAAUAUUUAAAUGUGAUCCCUCAAACACAUAACUGUGUAAUGGCAAUAUUUCAGGAUUGGGUUAAGAAAACUGGUGACGGGAAGAAGUAGCCUCAGAGGCUCCUGAUUUUUAUUUUUUUAAAGGAUGUUAAAGUUGAUAGGUUAUGCAGGACCACUUCUGCUAGAUUUCUCAUUAUCCCAGAAAAAUGUGUUUUAUACUGCUACAGUAUGCAUUAAUGUUAAACAUCAAGUUGAAAAAAAUUAUGUAGUCUUUUAUCGGUCUCUUUAUACACACACACAUAUAGGGUUUGGUGUGAUGCUGAAAUAUGUCAUCUAAUAAACCAAUGAAGGAAGUAGACACUUUUCAUUGAUUCCCUCUGGGAUCAGUGUAGAAAUGUUUAAAGAGUUAGACCCCCAAAAUAUAGAUACUGUUGUGGAAACUGAAGAGUGGCCUUUGGCCUACUGAUGUACUAAAACUGAAUUUUGUUAUUCUGUCAUUAUCCCGCCUGCACUCUUCCAUGCUGUCUGUGCUAAGACCAGAGACGCAUGCCAUUUCCCUCACAGGGAUGUUCUGCAGUUCUGGUUUGGGGGCACAGCUUUUUUUUUUUUUUUUUUUUUAAAGUAAGAUUUUAAAAUGAAAAAUAUAUAAAAUUUAUAUAGAAUAAAUAUUUCCAUUCAUUAGACUUGUUAAAAGGAGACUGAAUUAAUAUUUUAUAUAAAGAUUUUGUUACACUAUGGGAGGUUCUAUCAUAUUAUUCUGAAUUGGAGAGUAUAUAUAUAUAUAUAUUUUUAAUAAACUUUAUUAAGGUGAAAUAAUUUGAAGUUUACACAUGAGUAAUUGAAAUAUUUGAGUAAAAAUGGCAAAAGUUAAAUUUUGAAUGCUGUAUAUAUUAGAGAAUAUGGAGAAUCAUGGUGUGAUGCAACUCUACAAGGAAAACUAAUGUGAAGUUUUUUGGGGAAAAAAAGGUAUUCAAGGAGGUGAAAAAAAUCUCUCCCAUGGAGAUUCUUCACAUUAUAUGGUUUAACACAAGGGUUUGUUUAUAAGGUUGUUUCUCCAGCUAAUGGAAAUGCGCCUAAUAAAAAUUCUGAUCUUGGGUAAGAAUUUGCUUUUUACCCUGUUGCUGGUUUCAUGUACAUACAUGAAUGCAUACAUCCAUCCAAAUGUUCUCUUCCCAACACUCAUUAAAUAUAAUAUUAACUUGGUUUAACAACCUGAUUUUGUGCCACCUUCUCUUUUUCUUGAGGUUCCAAAGGUUCCCAGAUAGAGACCAAAAGUUGCUUGCUUCUUCACACCUGAUUUCUCCUAGAGCCAUAAAUACCUCCUAUUGAUAACUAAGAAGUAGUGAAUACUGGGAUUUUCUUCGUUGGAUUUUUUUACUUUUGUUUAGUGGGGAUAGCGAAACAGAAGUAGAAGGAAAACUGGUGCCGGUAUUACUGUUAAAAAUUAAUGUAUAGUGAAUUUUUGAAAAGUAUUAAAAUAUGCUAUCUAGAAGCAAGAUUUUUAAAAAAAUCUAUCUGAAAUUUUUAAAUGCCUUUAGCUAACUAAAGGAUACCAAGAAAUCUAAAAUAAGGUUAGUGUUUUUAAAACUAACCUAGGCUAGAGUCACAAAUCUGGCUCUGAAGAAGGAUAUCUUUUGUAUCAGUUUAUCUGUAGAUCCUCAAAAAGAAAUACUCUGGGUUGCCAAACCACAAUUUAAGAAGUUUUGCUGCUGUUGUUAAUCUAUUCUUACAGGAUUCUCAUGGUAAAAUAGAGAAACUUAGAUACUCUAUUACCUUAUUGAAACAUGCUUUAAAUAACAUGUUUAAUAUUCUAUGAGAGCAAGUCACUUCUGAGUUUCUCAGUCUGUGUCGACCCUGCUACUGACUCACGACUUCUCCCCUGGAAGAAGGCUGCAGUUUCCCUCUGGCAUGAAGAUAACCAUAGUUGAUUCAUAAAGCACUUUGAAAACAGGCACUGUGGGACAGUGCUGGGUCUUGUGCUUGGGGGCCUGUCCUCCAUUCCCUUCCCGUAAUAAUGAGUUCUGUUUGGAACUGUAAUAAGUUAUGAAUUGCAUGGUUUAGAUAAUCAUAACUAUUUGAUCAGCUGUCCCCGUUGAACAAAAAUCGUACCCGAUUUUUAAAAAAAAUUUUUGUUGCAUCUUUGUAGUAAUGUAAUUGUAUUUUAUGCCUGCUUUUUAUAUUAAAAAAUUAAAUAAAAGAAAUUAAGACAA